GCAAUUGUUGUUCGUGUAUUCUACCUACCGACCUCCUCACUGGUGAAUCCUGGGCAGACUGAGCUCCAUUGUCUGCCUCAGUUGGUUCUCACCUCCGCCACCUCCGUCUCCGCCCGCCGCGCCGCCCUCCUUCAUCCACCCUCACCUCACUCAACCGACGGACGCGUCGCGAGCUAAAAUGUCUGCGGAACAAUCGCCUGCUGCCACUGGCAUUGCAGAUGAGCGAGCCAGCUCGCCCGCUGAUGCUGCGGCGAACGGUGUCAAUGGCGAUACUUCGGACGGCGAGAACAAUGCGCAAACAUUGAGAGGGAAAGUUGCAGACGACGAAGAGGACGACGCUGGCGAUGACCUGUUCGGCGACGAAGAUGAUGAGGUAGAUGCUGGAGAUGCAGAAAAGCCAGCCCAACGCCAGCUGGAUGAUGAAGAGCUCGAUUCUGGCGACGACAUGGGCCGGAAUGAUCGUGCGCAAAACCAGGACGAGGAAGAGCAGCAGCAAUUCGAGGAACAUGAAAUGCUAUCAUUGGAUCUCGAAGUUGCUCGUCAGCCUGUGCCCGAGCCCAGCGACGGCGAGAUGUAUGUCCUCAAAGUACCCGACUUCAUGUCAAUAGACCCCGAUGCAUGGCAGGUCACCACGUUCCAGCCGCCCAAGACCGAUCACCACUCCAAGAAGCCCGCUUCUUCGACCUUUUCCGCCUUCAAUACCGCGAUGACUACGAUACGCUGGCGACACUCCCCGUCAGAUGCAUCACAAUUACAAUCAAACGCUCGCAUCAACAGGUGGUCUGACGGAUCUUUAACAAUUCAAUUGGCCUCUGACCCGAACACACAGUACGAGAUUGACGGGAAUUCAUUGGCACCUCCGCAGCGAAACCCAGUACGGCCCACGCCGGUCAGUGUGACAGGAGGCAAUAAGGGAGGCAGAAUCGGUCAAGUAUCAGGUGAAGGUUACGAUCCGAAAAAAGACAGCUUCACAUAUCUGGUUGCACCCGUCGAAGCUGCAGAUUCGCUUCGGGUCACCCACAGGAUCACCGCUGGCCUAACAAUCAAGCAGAACGAGAGUGGUGAGGAUGAUGCUAUACAGCGUUUGCAAGCUGCUCUUGCCCAAGCAGCAAACGCGACGAAAGUGGGUACCGGUUCAGGGCAGCUUGAUGCGGUUGAUGUGGAUCCAGAGGAGCAGCGGAGGCAGGCAGAGCAAGCGGAACGACAAGCAAUGCGAGAUCGGAAGAAGCGGGAGAAUGCUCAAGAACGUGAACGCUUACGAACGGAUCGCGCACUGGGCCGUGCAGGUGUCUCCUCUGGUCGCUAUGGUGGACUUAACGUGGGCAUGCUGGAAGAUGACGAGAUGGAAGGUGGACGUGGCCGUUCUGGAGCUGGAAAGCCUCGCGCCAAGCCAAGGCGGCGACGCAACAGCGAGUACAGCGACGACGAAGACUAUGGCCACAAGCGAUUCACGAAUCGGGAGGAUGACUACGACCAGGAGGACGACUUUGUCGCUCCAAGCGAUGAAGAGGAGGUCAUCGAGGAUGACGAUGACCCAGAUGAUGGAAUCGUCGACGACCGAAGAGAGAGGACGCCAAAGAGAGAUCGUCCGCAACCUGAAUCGAGUGGAGCCGGAGAGGACGAAGACGCAGAGGGCGAGAUUGAUGAUGAUCUGCCACAAGCCAGAGUCAAGCGGCGGCGUGUGGUGGACGACGACGAUGAGGACUAGGGCUGCAAAGUGUUGUAUACCAAAGCGAGGCGUCCGGUUGGGUAGGAGAACAUCUCGCAGCAUGGAAACUGUACUACUAUAAACUCCGGGGGGGCUGAUGUAUUCAGGUCCUCGGAAGCCCGAAGCAUGAACACCA